AUGUCUUUCAGUCUCCCAGUCCGAGUCGCAGCUCCGCGAACCCUCUGUCUUGAUCCUAUCUUCUCCCUCCUGUACGAAGACAACGAGGCCAGCUUGACCCAUUUCCUCAAGAACCAAGCGCCUCUCCCAAUCAAGGGGAUCAUCAACAACCCAACGGUCAUGGACUACCUUCUCAGUCGAGAAGCGGGUCCCAAGGUCGAAUACAAGAACCUCCGCCCAGCUUUGGCUGCCUUGCGUCCCUUCCUGUCUCGCAGCGCCAACGGCAAGACUCUCCUGGCUUUCUACCGCAAGCUGCUCCAACUCCAAGGUCGCUGGGUCAUCGCCGCUGCGGAAAUGGUGACCUUUGACAUGUACACCAAGCUGUACCAAGCAUUGUUCAUCGACCGCAACGACCAGCGCCUGCUGGACCACAUUGUCAAGGUCGUGCCGAACGCCGCUCAAAUCAUCGCCACCAAGACCACCUGCACCGCCGAGCAGUUCGCUCUAAUGGUCCAGGACGAGAAGGAGCGUCUUGCCAAAGACACCCGCGCAGCCGCCGAGAAGCUGUUUGACUACAAGGUCACUAAUGAGUUCUUCCAACAACACGGCAAACUGCUCGCUUCCAUUGAAAUCUGCGAGAAGCAGUUCAAAGCAGCUCGUGCCCGGUUGAACCGUCGCCGUCAAGAAGCAAUGGACCGACGAGCUGCCGGCUUGGUCACUGCCUAUGAACGAAACAUCGCCACUCUUCCUCGCCAGAUGGGCAUGGCUGGCAUGACCCCCAGCACUGCAGAGAUGGAACAAUCUGUCAUCGAGUGGGCUCAGAAGGCCGGCCGCAUGUGCUUCAACACCCCCGAUAUCCCGGCCGCUACUACCAAUAAUUGA